AUGCACGUCACUGCCCUCUGCAAGCACUUCAAGGCGCUACGCUCUACGCUCCACCUCUGUGUCGUGAUGGCUAGCCUGCACAGGGAACUUGCCAGUGGCCUCUAUGGGGUCACUGUCACAGUUCUCUAUGCGAUGCGGCUCCAACUAGACGCCCAUGACAAGAUCUACAUUCACUGCAGGUACAGUGAAGAUACCCUCACACAUUUCAACAUCCUCAGUGACUCCACCCUUGUCAGUGAACGCCAAGCUCGUCUUCUUGACACUGUCACACUGGCCUUGGCCGCCGUGACCAACCGCAGCAGGCUCUGA